UCCAGUCCGCAGAGAAUCAUGGCCGGUCUGCGCAUCCCAAUAGAGGCCUUUGCAAUACCGGCAGUAUCUCUCCUGAUUUUCUUUCUGUCAUAUUCAUCGCAGUUUUUGUUCUAUUAUAUCGAACCCGGACCGUUGAGCAAGACCCAGGCCAUCUGGUUCAAUACCUUCGUGGUCUGCAUUUGGUGGUGCUACGACAGGGCUUGCACAGUUGACCCCGGUCGACGAGGCUGGGUCAAGAGGUUUGCUGCAGAUGUUGCUGAGGAAAAUGAAGAUGGGAGUGAAGGGCUCAAGCUGGAGAAGGGGAUGCGGUGGUGCAAGAAGUGCGAGGCUGUAAAGCCACCGAGAGCUCAUCAUUGCAAGAAGUGUGAAAGAUGCAUUCCAAAGAUGGAUCAUCACUGCCCGUGGACCACGAACUGCGUCUCCCACACGACCUUCCCCCACUUCAUCCGCUUCGUCUUCUAUGCCGUCCUCAGCAUGUCAAUCCUCGCCUACCACCUCUUCAGACGCGCCAUUCUCAUCUGGGAUAGUCGUAGUCUCCCUGCCUAUCUAGGUCCUCCUGUGUGGGCUAUGGCACACCUCUUUGUCCUGAUUGCUGCCAAUAGCCUAACCCUCUUCGCACUUUCCAUCCUCCUGGCCCGAGCCGUCUACGGCCUCGCAGCAAACACAACCACGAUCGAGAGUUGGGAGAUUGAGAGACACGAAGCACUUGUGGAGCGGUCGCGGAAAACGGGAGGAUAUGUGUAUGCAAAUGGCGGCCAACAGAUGCGUGUGGAACACCAGGAGUUCCCGUAUGACAUCGGCAUAUGGAAGAACUUAUGUCAGGGGAUGGGCACGAGCAAUGUGCUUAUGUGGUUUAUGCCAUUCGGUGGAGGGCCAGGUAUUGAAAGCGCGGCAGAAUUCGAAGUCAAUGGGUUUGAAGAUGCAAGCAAGGUGUGGCCACCUCCGGAUCCGGACAAGGUGCCCAGAGCUCCGCGUAGCUCGGACAAAGACGAGGAUAUAAAGGUGUAUGGGAGCCCUGCUGAAGAAAUAGAGGCUUUUAAGAGGAGGCAGCAGAAGGAUUAUGAGAGAUGGGGUGGGAAGCAGGAGAAUACAGCCAACGAUGGUGUCAGUGACGACGAACAGCCCGACGAUUAUGAGAGCGAGUACGAAGAAGGCGUUGAUGGCGAAGAGGGCUGGACAAACGCAGAUGGCGAACGAUUGCGAGACUAUGGUGUAGAUGAGGAAGCUGAGGUCUUGGCUGAUGAGGAUAUACCUCUGGGAGAAUUACUGCGGCGUCGAAAAACUAGGAGCUAUAGCUAGGUUGAAAUGCAUACCUACCUUGGACCUGGAACUUCCUAUACUGAUUCCAUUUGUGAGGUACUGUUUGGAUGGAUUGCCCGG